AUUGCUACGUCAGGAAGUGUCGCAUUUGCUUCGUCGCGUCGCAUUCAUUUGGAUUUGGCGAUUUUGGUGUUUUAGUUCUACCGGCGGCGUGCGUAUAAGAAUAAUUACAAUUGAUACCUGUGUUUCAAAAUCUAGCAAUGAAAUACAUUUUAUUGCUAGGUUGCUUUUUAUUUCUAUCAGGAUGGGGCUACGCUCAGGAAACGAGCGAAGGCACCGCUGAUGUGACGGUGGAUGCAGAUCUCGGCGCUUCGCGAGAAGGGUCGCGCACAGAUGCGGAGGCGUUGUUGCGCGAGGAGGAGGCGAUUUCGCCGGACGGGCUGAGUGUGGCGCAGCUGCGCGAGAUGAAGGCGCGCGCGCAGAACUACACUUUCCAGACAGAGGUCAACCGCAUGAUGAAGCUAAUCAUCAACUCGCUCUACAGGAAUAAAGAGAUCUUCCUGCGGGAGCUUAUCUCGAACGGGUCGGACGCGCUGGACAAGAUCCGGCUGCUGUCGCUGACGGACCGGUCGGUGCUGGACACGGAGCCGGAGCUGGCCAUCCGCAUCAAGGCGGACCCCGAGCGGCGGCUGCUGCACAUCAUCGACACCGGCCUGGGCAUGACCCGCAACGACCUCAUCAACAACCUCGGCACCAUCGCCAAAUCCGGCACCGCCGACUUCCUCUCCAAGAUGCAGGACGCUGAAAAGAGCGGCGCUCAGGAGAUGAACGACAUGAUCGGGCAGUUCGGCGUGGGGUUCUACUCCGCGUUCCUGGUCGCCGACAAAGUGUCGGUGGUGUCCAAGCACAACGACGACGUGCAGCACGUGUGGGAGUCCGACGCCAACUCCUUCAGCGUGGUGGAGGACCCGCGCCGAGACCUGAAGCGCGGCACGCACAUUACGUUGCACCUGAAGGAAGAAGCGGCAGACUACCUGCAGCCGGACACGAUCCGAGCCCUGGUGAAGAAAUACUCGCAGUUCAUCAAUUUCCCCAUCUACCUGUGGGCCUCGCGCACCGAGACCGUCGAAGAGGAGGAAGCCGACGACACUGACAAGCCGGAAGCUGACGAAGACGGCGUCGUGGAGGACGCGGAGGAGAAAAAGGAGACGAAGAAGACUGAGAAGACUGUGUGGGACUGGGAGAUCAUGAAUGACAACAAGCCCAUCUGGACGCGCAAGCCCAGCGAGGUGAGCGACGCGGAGUACUCGUCGUUCUACAAGAGCCUGACGAAGGACAGCGCGGCGCCGCUGGCGCGCGCUCACUUCGUGGCGGAGGGCGAGGUCUCGUUCCGCGCGCUGCUGUUCGUGCCGCGCCUGCAGCCCGCCGACAGCUUCAACCGCUACGGCGCGCACACCGACCACAUCAAGCUCUACGUGCGCCGCGUCUUCAUCACCGACGAGUUCAACGACCUCAUGCCCAACUACCUCUCCUUCAUACAGGGCAUCGUGGACAGCGACGACCUGCCGCUGAACGUGAGCCGAGAGACUUUGCAGCAGCACAAGCUAAUCAAGAUCAUCAAGAAGAAACUCGUCCGGAAGGCGCUGGACAUGCUGAAGAAGAUCCCGGACGAGGAGUACUCUCACUUCUGGAAGGAGUACUCCACCAACAUAAAGCUGGGCAUUAUGGAGGACCCCAGCAACCGCUCGCGCUUGGCCAAGCUGCUGCGCUUCCAGUCCACGAAGAGUAGCUCGGAGAUGACGUUCCUGCAGGACUACGUGGCGCGGAUGAAGCCCGGCCAGAACCACAUCUACUACAUCGCCGGCGCCUCCCGCGCUGAGGUGGAGAAGUCGCCGUUCGCGGAGCGGCUGGUGGCGCGCGGGCUGGAGGUGCUGCUGCUGACGGAGGCCGUGGACGAGUACUGCCUCGCGGCGUUGCCCGAGUACGACGGCAAGAAGUUCCAGAACAUCGCCAAGGAGGUGUUCGACCUGGAGGAGAGCGAGUCUCAACGCGAGAGACUGGAGGCGUACAAGAAGGAGUUCCAGCCGCUGACCUCGUGGCUGGCGGACAGACUGAGCGCGUGGGUGUCGCGCUGUGCCGUGUCCCGGCGACUGGCGCGCUCGCCCGCCGCGCUCGCCGCCUCCGCCUUCGGCUGGACCGGCAACAUGGAGCGCCUCGCGCUCUCCAACGCGCAUCAGAAGGCGGACGACGCGCAGCGCAGACAUCACCUCACGCAGAAGAAGAUGCUGGAGAUCAACCCGCGGCACCCGAUGAUCGUGGAGCUGCUGCGCAGAGUGAAGGCCGACCCCGACAGCGCCGAGGCCCUGGAGGCCGCGCGCACGCUGUACCGCACGGCGGCGCUGCGCUCGGGCUACAUGCUGCAGGAGGGACAGGCCGGGGACUUCGCCGAGACUGUGGAGCGCAUGUUGCAGCGCGCGCUGGGCGCGGGCGACGCGCUGCCGGAGCCCGAGCCCGAGGACGACCUGGAGGUCGGCGGCGACGACCGGGAAGUCGGCGACGACGACCAGGAGGUCGGCGGCGACGACCACGACGAGCUGUAGGCGUGUCGGCCCGGAGCGGGAGCGUGGAGCGCCCGAGAAGAACUGACUGCAUUUUUAUACUCGUUCUCGGACGCGAUGGUCGCCUAGUAAUGUAAAUAAAUAUUUAUUUUAUAGUACA